UCUGAUAUCCAUGGUUCAAAUUGAAUUGAACCUAAGUUCUGAGAAAAAAGAAAAAAAACUGAAUUGAACUUAAUUGCUGACAAAGAAAGCUUUUCUUUUUUCCCCUUUUGUCAUCUUAUCUUGGGUUUGGAGGGAAAAUCCCUCCAAAAUUUUAAAAUUUAGACAAAUCGCCGCAAAAAAAUUCCCAAUUCCACCAACCAACCAAAAAAAAAAAAAAAAAAAAAAAACCAGCAUUUAUUUAUUUUUUAUUAUCUCCGUUUCUUUGUCUCUUCUAUUUUAGAUGUUUUCUUUUCCUAAAGCGACGAAAGAAGAGACUUCAUCAGCGAUGUCGCAGGGCGGCGGUGGCGGAGGAGGCAUGGAGUUCAAUCUGGCGGAGGAGAUUCUGGCGGUGAUACCGACGGACCCUUACGAGCAGUUGGAUCUGGCGCGUAAGAUAACGUCGAUGGCAAUCGCAUCGAGAGUGUCGAAGAUGGAAGAGGAUAUGGGGAGGAUGAGGGAAAAAAUGUACGAAAAGGAUUGUAUUAUUUACGAUUUGGAAGAGAAACUCUCAAGAUUGCAGCAAGCAAAUCAUGACGCUGAGUCUAGAUUAAAGCUAGCUUUUGAUGAAAAUAUUAAGCUUUCAAAGGAGCGCGAUUCCUUGGCAAUGACUGCAAAGAAACUUAGCCGUGAUUUAUCAAAGUUGGAGACUUUUAAGCGACAACUGAUGCAAUCUCUAAGUGAUGACAAUGCAUCUCAAGCUGAAACGGUUGAUAUUGGGACUUGUGACCAGUCAGUCCCUAAAGCCUAUCCUGACAAGGAUGAUGGGAUGAAUGACUACACAUCACUUCGUUCAUCCAAUGGUUCGAUGGACAUGGGAAGCACAAUUGAUGAAGCCUCAAGACAUGCUGGACAAAGAUUUUCUAUAACUCCAUAUAUCACACCGCGGCUUACUCCUAGUGGAACUCCAAAGGUUAUAUCCACAAGUGGGUCCCCUAGGGGUUAUUCUGCUGCUGUGUCCCCCCAGAGAACCUCUGGUGCAGCUUCUCCAACAAGGCCUCAAUAUGAUGGGCGGACUUCACACUCAUGGUACCUGUCUAGCCAGCAGUCGUCUGCAGCUAACUCUCCUCCUCGUGGGCGUUCACUGCCAGCACGGACACCUCGAAUUGAUGGAAAGGAAUUCUUUCGUCAGGCCAGGAGUCGCCUUUCCUAUGAGCAGUUUAGUGCAUUUUUGGCUAACAUCAAGGAGCUAAAUGCUCAGAAGCAAACCCGAGAGGAAACUUUGAGGAAGGCAGAAGAGAUUUUUGGGACAGAUAAUAAAGAUCUGUUUCUAUCAUUUCAAGGAUUGCUAACUCGCAACAUUCACUAGAUCUUAAACUAUCUCUUCUUGAGAUGAUUUACAAAUACUGGGAGUUGAAGUACAAUAUUUGGCAGGUCGUUUGUCAAACUUAUUCUCAUUUGCUUUCUGCUGAUGGUUUUCUCCACAGAAGAUUUGCUGUAUGUGAUCGAUAUAUAGAUUUGAUCAGCUUCUGUUUGAGCAGAUUAAAGUAGGGUGUUUCGGUCUUAAUUGUAUCACAUUCAUACAGGAAUGGUGUGCAAAUAAUUUCUCUGCCUUUGCAAUCCCUUUUGUAAAGUUGCCAUUGCAAGAUUUGGACAUCAACUUGCAUAUAAUUAGGAGAUUUUCUUAAAUUACAACUGAUGUCUUGUCGAAAUUAAGCCUUUUAACGUUCAUGUAUGGCUGUUUUAACGUGAAUCAGAUGCUAUGAGACCAGUUGCUUUUAUAUUUCAUAAAAAUUUAUUGCUAAAAUUACUCAAUCAAUUCCCA